AUGAAAUAAAAUAAUCAGACUUAAUAUUCCCAAACAAGUAUUGAUAAAUUAAAAAAGGACAUCAGCAAAACUUUUGCUACAUAAACAGUCAAAUCUGAACAGAGUAUCAAAUUAGAUCAGUAUAAAAAAAGAAUAAUGAAUGUUUUAUCUUAAAUGGAUGAUAAGAAUUAAUAGGUUUAAGUAUAGUAAACCUAAUCAGAAAUAUCUACAAAUCUACUUUUAUCAACUAAAAAUGCAAUAGUUGAAAAUAUCAAAGUACUUCAGCCAUCAGAAAAGAAUCUGAAAAACAUUGAACGAAAUCUAGAUAAAUUAUUUACACUACAAGAAGAAUUACAAGAGCAUCCUUAAAACAAAGAAAUAAAAUAACUCUUAUGGAAAAUAGAAAUGAAGAUUACAUAAUAAACUAAUUUAACUAAAGCAAUAAAUGAUGAUAAAAAAUGUUAAAUAUGUUUUGAAAAAGAUAAAGAAUAUGUAGCAAUACCAUGUGGACAUUAUAUUUAUUGUGAAAAUUGUAAAGAUUUAAUAAAGAAGGAUUGUCUGAUUUGUAGAAAUCCCAUAACAUCUGUAUUGAAAAUAUACUAAUGA